AAGGCGCAUGGAACAGGCGACCGUUACAAUCCUCCCGUGAGUUUGGUGCCUCCCGUUCGGAGCCCGGGCCGAAGCUCAGCGACGGCUCAGGUGCAAGCGGCACACUCCCGCCCACCAGAGUACAGGCCAACGCUCCAGUUCCAAAAGGCAGCAGCCCUGAGACUUACUGGAAAUCACCUUUCUGCAAAUUACAAAAUACUUCCACUGUUAAAAAAAGAUGUUUGAACAUUUUUUGUGUAUGUAAUGAUAAUAAGCGAGAGGGAAAAAAGGAUAGUGUCUGUCCACAUGGUUGCAAGUACCAUUGCAGUUUAAACAACUGACGGGGGUGGGGCACCCAAUGUGCGAGGGCUCUUGCACGGUUUUUGUUACAAUCCGUUUCGCUCAGUACCCGACAGCUUCACACGGAAGGUACCCGAGGAUAGCGAGAAGAUGCGUUUAAAAACUCAGAUAAUUAGCACCAUGGAACCUCAGGUGUCAAAUGGCCCCACGUCCAACACGCCCAAUGGUCCAUCAAGCAACAGUAGAAACUGCUCGUCACCGAUGCAGACAGGGGCUCCAACAGAUGACAGCAAAACCAACCUCAUAGUCAACUAUCUUCCUCAAAAUAUGACACAAGAAGAAUUCAGAAGUUUGUUUGGGAGCAUUGGUGAAAUUGAAUCAUGCAAACUUGUUCGGGACAAAAUAACAGGGCAAAGUUUGGGAUAUGGUUUCGUGAACUAUGUCGAUCCAAAGGAUGCAGAAAAAGCAAUUAACACUUUAAAUGGACUUAGACUUCAGACCAAAACCAUAAAGGUUUCUUAUGCUCGUCCAAGUUCUGCAUCAAUCCGUGAUGCUAAUUUGUAUGUUAGUGGCCUUCCUAAAUCUAUGACUCAGAAAGAAUUAGAGCAGAUGUUUUCACAAUAUGGCCGAAUCAUCACUUCCAGAAUUUUAGUUGACCAAGUCACUGGUGUUUCCAGAGGAGUUGGAUUUAUUCGUUUUGACAAAAGAAUAGAAGCAGAGGAAGCAAUCAAAGGACUGAAUGGGCAGAAACCUUCCAGUGCUACAGAACCCAUUACUGUGAAAUUUGCCAAUAAUCCUAGCCAGAAGACAAGCCAAGCAUUACUUUCACAGCUGUAUCAGUCACCUAGCAGACGUUAUCCUGGGCCACUUCAUCACCAAGCUCAGAGGUUCAGGCUGGACAAUUUGCUUAAUAUGGCCUAUGGUGUAAAGAGAUUCUCACCCAUCACAAUCGAUGGCAUGACCAGUCUUGUUGGAAUGAAUAUUCCUGGACAUACUGGAACAGGUUGGUGUAUCUUCGUCUACAACCUCUCUCCUGACUCAGAUGAAAGUGUUCUCUGGCAGCUUUUUGGACCAUUUGGAGCUGUAAACAAUGUCAAGGUCAUUCGUGAUUUUAAUACAAACAAAUGCAAGGGAUUUGGGUUUGUCACCAUGACAAACUAUGAUGAGGCAGCCAUGGCAAUUGCAAGCCUGAAUGGAUACCGUUUGGGUGAUAGAGUUCUGCAAGUAUCAUUCAAAACCAACAAAACCCACAAAUCUUGAAGUACCUAUUUAGUGUCACCUUCAAGAACAAAUGGAACUUUAAAAGGCUUAUAUUGAAAAUGGACUUCAUAAGCCAUUGUUGCCUGAGUAUUAACAUAAAAUAUUCUGUGAUGAAGCAGGAAAUGAUUUUAUAAUGCUAGAAAACUUUGAUGCAUUGAAUGUUCUUUCAUAGCUGUUGUUGUUCAAAAUAUACAUAGAUAACAUGUGCAGGAAUUUUUACCCAGCCUGCUAUCUUCCCUGCCUUCUUUGAAGGUGGACCUUUUUAAAUCACCCAUUCACAAUUUAAAAAUAUGAAGAAAAAUUGACAUUUUUACAUAAAUUAAACAUCAAAAUAGAAUACAUCUAAGUUGAUUAACUAAAACAGCACCCCGACCACCCCAUUAUUCUAAGAAACAGAUCUGCUGAUGCGCUUUUGCAGAUGUUAUAGUUAAUCCUUUUUCUUUGUAUCAUGUAAACAUAUAGUAUUACCUGGAAUGGGAAGGGGGAUACCUGAUGACAUAACUUAAACAAUGUUGCCAAAGAGUUGGUCUCUUUGCUGAAAAUGGGUUUCAAAAGAUCUAUUUUUGUAUUAAAACAAAGGAAUUUUUACAGGAUCUGGAUUUGAAAAUGAAUAUUUUGACUGACUAAUACAGGGGAAAAGGACAAUUUUGUCACAUUCAUACUGUACUGAUACUUUUUAGGAUCAAGAUGUAUGUUUAAAUUUGGGCUGUAGAUUGUUUUUCUGAACGAUGUGGGAAAAAAAAACAGAUGAUGUUCAUAUCUUUCAUAACAAAAUAGAAGGGAGUGAUCUCCACAGGCACACAGUUCCCCACAGUCAAAACCCAAAAGCAAGGAGAUUAGUUGCUAGAUGUUUUUUUUAAGUCAUCAGUAACAGUUAGGCAAUAUCAUAACAUUGCUGAAUUUUUUUCCUAAACUAAAUGCCAAAACUUCCUUGAAGCAGUAGGUAGGUGCUAAUGAGAUUACAUAUCUUGACUCCAAAUAAAAAAUAGGAACAUUUCUUGUUUUAUUCGUACUGAUGUUACUUGUUUGUGUUGAACUUGUUGAUGACUUUGAUUCCAUUUCAGUCUUUAGUAUUCCAUUUUGGCAAACAGCAUAGAAUUGGCAUUUGUUUCAUUUUAUGAAUUAUUUAUUUUGUUGCUGAUCUGAUGCAUAUUGCCAAACCAAAUUUAGCUAGUUGGUUAUUUUAUCUAAUAGAAAGAUGCUUCUUACAUUUGUGUCUAUUUCUUAUGUACAUAAAGAUUGAUUUUGAUUUUAUUUCUAGACUGUAAGAACUUGGUUGUUUUGUUACAAUGGCAAAAUGGUUCCAAAUGAUACUGUGAAACUAAAGUAUCUAAAUAUUUACUAGUGCAGAAAUACAAAAUAUUGUUUAAUAUAUUGUCAUGUUGGUUGUGAAUAUUUUUUCUUAAUAUUGGGGAUGGACAAAUUGCUUUUAUUUUCCAUUAUGCAGAGAGCUAAGGGAACAAAAUGGCUGAGGGAGUCCGCUCCUUUGUCCAGUGCACUGAUAAUUUUAGUAUGUUGUGCUUGUAAGAGUAAAAAGGUUAUGCUCUUCCCUGGAUACUAGAAAAGUAAGUCGCUAUGCAUAAUAUAGUCGAUAGUUAAAUUUGCUAUUGCUUUUGUCUUGUUAAUAACCUUUUCAAUAAAGUUGUCUUAUUAGUA